GGUAACAUAAUUAGUAGCACAAACGCUUUCAAAUCUUCUCCUCCAGUUUAUAGGGGGAAUUACAAAGUUGUUGGUAUGCUUACUACCAUCUUCUUUACUAAUUUAAUAUUGUGUAAUUUUUGUAACUUUAAAUUCUCUCCAGAAUCAAAGAUAAAUUACGAUGCAUCUGAUCUCAUAGGCCCUAUGACAUAGGGGUUCAUUGUCACAUCCUUUCCUGGUGCCCAGAAUCCCUUGCAGCGCCCCUGGCGUUUACCUUUCACACAAUCGUAGUCUUAAAUAUAACACAGGGCGGCCCUCUCUCGAUUUAAUUUUUUUAAUUAAGAAAAUCUUUAUAAAAUUAACGCAUGGUUUUUUCUAAUAAUUGUUAAAUAUUGAUAUCUCUACGCCGCGGGAGGGAUUUUAAAAUAUCUUGAAGGUUGGGUUUACAAAUCGAAACCACUCCCUUUUCUUUCAGCAAAUAAAUGCAGCGGCUGAUCAAAUCACUACUAUCAGUCUAUCGCUGUUUUGAAAUAAGGCUCUUUUAAUUGUUCUUCUUCUCAUUUAAUUUACUUCCAACCGUCACAACAAGCCAUUCAACCCCAUCCGGCAUCAAAUGGAGACGACAGACAUUAACCUGUCGGAGGUGAACCUCAAGAACACCGAUGAUGAGACAGUAUCAUCGACAAUGGACCUGGAGACUGCAGUGAAGGAAUGCUCUGCUGCCCUGGAACUGUUCCUGAACAACAGAUUUUCUGAUGCUUUAGCCGCUCUAAAGCCCUGGAAGAGUAAAAGCAUGUACCACGCUAUGGGCUACAGCAGUAUCCUGGUGAUGCAAGCUGGAAUGACCUUUGACCCAAAGGACAUGGAUCUUGCCAUGACUUCAUUGAGAGAGUCACUGCAGACGUGCCAAGGAUUUCGGAAAAAAACUGGGAUCGUGGAGACUCUGACCAGCAUGUGGUACAGACAACCAUCAGACAGUAUGACGGAGGAGGAGCUGCAUGCAGAGCUGUGUUACGCUGAGGUUCUGCUCCAGAAGGCAGCGCUUACAUUCCUGGACGAAAGUAUUAUUGGGUUCAUCAAAGGUGGCAUGAAAAUAAGAAACAGUUAUCAGAUUUACAAAGACUGCCUGGCCAUGGCUAAUGCUACCAAAGACAUGGAAAAAAGGAGCACGUAUGUUCAUUUUAAGGGCGGUGUCAACAUGGGGAUUGGGUCAUUUAAUCUGAUGCUGUCCCUGCUGCCAUCAAGAGUUCUCCGACUGAUGGAGUUUCUGGGUUUUUCAGGAGACAGGGACCUGGGUUUGUCACUGCUGCGAGAAGGUGCGGCCAGCGACAGCCUGCGCUCCAUCCUCAGCGCCCUGACUCUCCUGAUGUUUCAUCUAUACAUCACAGUGAUACUUGGUACUGGUGAGGGAGACCUGACCGAGGCUGAAACUUUGCUUCAACCUUACACUGAGAAGUUUCCUAAUGGAGCCCUCAUGCUUUUCUACGUUGCCAGAAUUGCUCUGCUCAAAGGAAACUUCACAUUUGCCCAGGAAAAGUUUCUCGCAUGUAUCGCAGCCCAAGAAGAGUGGCAUCAGAUUCACCACCUGUGUUACUGGGAGCUGAUGUGGGCCUACUCCUUUGAGCAGAACUGGAUGGAGGCUUAUCGUUACGCUGACCUUCUCUGCAAAGAGAGCAAAUGGUCCCAGGCAGUUUAUGUUUUCCAGAAGGCAGCCAUCUUGAGCAUGCUCCCAGAGGAAGAAGUCUCUAAACUAGGGGAGAAUGUCGUGGAGUUAUUCAGGCAGGUGGAUCAUCUGAGACUCCGGAUCGCUGGGAAAUCUAUUCCAACGGAGAAAUUUGCAGCCAAAAAAGCUCAGCGUUACUCUCACCCUAACCCUGUCAAGUUAGUUGUUCCUGCAUUGGAAAUGAUGUACGUUUGGAAUGGCUUCACGAUACUUGGGAAAAGGCCUGAGCUGACCGAGAACAUCUUGACCACCCUGGAAAAAGCAGAGGAGCAGCUGAAAAAUGAUCAAAAUCCAUCCGAGUAUCACCUGGAUGAUCAGUGCGUUGUCCAACUGCUGAAGGGGUUGUGUCUCAGACAUUUGGACCGUCUGAAUGAGGCCGAGCGAUGCUUUAAUCAUGUUAUUGCAAGUGAAAACAACAUAAAGCAUGAAAGUUACCUGGUGCCAUUUACCAUAUAUGAGCUGGGGCUGCUACACAAACAGAAAGGAGACAUCCAGGCUGCCAUCAAAGUGAUUGAAAAUGUCAAGAUGAACUACAAAGACUACAACAUGGAAUCAAGGCUACAUUUCCGAAUUCAUGCUACGCUCAACACAAUGGGCACAUUUUCAGCCAAACUUCCUCCUUCACGUACACCAGCUUAAAGAUGCCAGGAAUGCGACUCAUGGGA